UUGAAAAGAAAGCAUUCUGAAUCGUGAGACGAUUUGGUUGGAAUACACUUUUGUAUUCAUUUCAAAAUACUAACGCACAGUGUUUUAAAUUUUGUGAACUGCCUUCAUGUUUGAUAUCGUUAUUUUAUAAACUGACGUAAAAGUCCAGUUGUCUAGCAGUUGCGAGAGCUCCACCUACCCUGGAAUUGACAGAAGCGAGAGAGGCAAUCAGUCCCAAUCAAUAUGGCAUUAAGAGCCUGUGGGCUUAUCAUUUACCGAAGACUUUCUCAAGCAUCAUCAAAGCCAGAAGAAAAUAUUCAGUUUUUACUUCUUCAGACAUCAUAUGGUCGUCAUCACUGGACACCCCCAAAAGGGCAUGUAGAUCCUGGAGAGGAUGACCUACAGACUGCUCUCAGAGAAACCGAAGAAGAAGCAGGACUAAAAUCCAUGGAUUUUCAAAUUAUUGAUGGAUUCAAAAAGGAAUUGCAGUAUGAGGUCCGCAGUCAACCCAAGACUGUUGUGUACUGGCUGGCUGAGUUGAGAGACAACAACAUUGAAAUAUGCCUAUCAAAGGAGCAUCAAGCUUAUCGCUGGUUGGGCUUGGAGAAGGCCUGCCAGUUAUCAGGGUACCAGGAUAUGCAGGAAGCCUUACGAGAGGCUCACAGCUUUCUACUUAGGAGAAAACAAAACUAAGGUACAACCAUCCAGCUCAAAGAGUGGAAAGUUCCAAAGAUAGUCAUAUCUAAGAAGAUCUUGUCAUAUCCUUUAUUUUAAUUUGCCAAUCAUAUUUAAACAGAUUUUGCAUUAUGUAAUUGAUUUAGCUGCUGAACUUUGAUUAUAAUUUUAUGUGAAACGUCAAAUGGCUUAUAACUUUAAAGUGCUGUCUAUCAAGUCUGAGAACCUAAUAUAAUGUUCAGCUUGCAAGGAGUUGGAUCUUUCUGAUGUACAAUUUGUUUAAACUUCUUUAAGUGGGGGGUUGAGGUAAAAAUCAUAAAAUUUUAUCUUUAAGCUGUAUGACAUUUUAUUGAGUCAGCAGAAGGAAAAGCAGAAUAAAUACUCAGCAUUGUGAUUACUCGAAAUAAUUGGGUUUUUUCUAUAAUUAUUCUGGAUAAAUUGUGUAACCCUGUAAAAUAAAAUACAAUUAACAUUA